CUCCUCCGCUCCAUUCGGCGCGGCGCGUUCGUAAUGAAAGGCUGCCUGUGACUUCCUCGCUCUUCGGCAGCUACAUUGUGUGGAAAGCAGCAGCACGUUGUUGGCUUCUCCACGCUGAACUUCACAGCGAAUUAACGCUCUCCUGUUCAAGGAGAUUUAGAUCCACCAUCCUUUUUCCCCCUCAGACGUCUUUAGGUUUCUCUCGACGUGCGAAAAGAAAGAAAAUGUCUGCCUCGGCGGCGAAAGUGAGUAAAAAGGAGCUGAACUCGAACCAUGACGGAGCGGACGAGACCUCCGAGAAAGAGCAACAGGAAGCUAUUGAACACAUCGAUGAAGUUCAAAAUGAAAUUGACAGGUUGAAUGAGCAGGCCAGUGAGGAGAUCCUGAAAGUAGAACAGAAAUACAACAAACUCCGUCAGCCGUUCUUUCAGAAGAGGUCAGAGCUGAUCGCCAAAAUCCCCAAUUUCUGGGUCACCACGUUUGUCAACCAUCCACAAGUAUCUGCUCUACUGGGAGAGGAGGAUGAAGAAGCACUUCACUACCUGAGCCGAGUGGAGGUGACAGAGUUUGAAGACAUCAAGUCAGGCUACAGAAUAGAUUUUUAUUUUGAUGAAAAUCCGUACUUCGAAAACAAAGUACUUUCCAAAGAGUUCCAUCUGAAUGAGAGCGGAGACCCAUCUUCAAAGUCAACGGAAAUCAAAUGGAAAUCAGGAAAGGAUCUCACCAAGCGGUCCAGUCAGACACAGAACAAAGCUGGAAGGAAGAGGCAACAUGAAGAACCUGAGAGCUUCUUCACUUGGUUCACUGAUCAUGCAGAUGCUGGUGCUGACGAGCUCGGGGAGGUCAUCAAAGACGAUAUUUGGCCAAACCCACUACAGUACUACUUGGUUCCUGACAUGGAUGAUGAAGAGGGUGAAGGUGAGGAGGACGAAGAGGAUGAGGAGGGUCUGGAGGACAUAGAUGAGGAGGGAGAUGAAGAUGGAGAAGAUGAUGAAGAGGAUGAAGGGGAAGAAGGAGAGGAGGAUGAAGGAGAAGACGACUAAAAACUAUCACCUGCAAGACCCUUCCCUGUUAAUUUUCCACUCAUGUUUGGGAGCAAAUGUUUUUUUUUUUUUUUUUUUAAGUUUUUUUUUUGUUUGUUUUUUACUUUUGUCCAUAUGUGCUUCACUUUCCAUUCUGAAGCCUCUUCACCUGCUGAUGCCAUGUUAUGUUCUCCUUCAACUCCUCUAAGGCCAAUGGCACUUUGCCCUGAAUUGUGAGUACCAUCCCUGAAGACAUCUCAAAAUAAUAAUAAAAAAUAGAAUCAGCACAGCAUCCUCAGUAGAAUGAAGACAUGUCAGAGUUCCUCCUGUCUAAGGUUGUGGUAAAUCAACUGAAGCCAUGGUGUAGUGACCUAGUGCUAGCAGACCUUUCAAUAUAAUUUUUUUUCUACGAGGGACAAGGUGCCCUUUAAAGUAUUUUUAUUUGUUGUCCCCCCCGUGUGGUUAUCGAGUACCAGCUCAUUCCUUUGACUUGUAAUGUUUGGGGUUGGGGGGUGGGGGUAAGCUGGGGAGGGGCAGGAGUGUAUCGGUUAUUGGGGAGAUCGGUUAUUUUGACACCAUUUCUAUGGGACUUUUUUUUUUUUUUUUUCAUUGUAUUGUUUUACAGAUAUCCACAAGAUUUGAAAUGACAUUUUUAAUAAAGAAUAAAACUGAAAAAAACUUGUAAAUUUUGGCCCCUUCUGCUGCUUGAAUGUUUUAACAGACAUGUUUUCUCAGAAUUUACACUUAAAAAAUGUGUUUCAAAUUUAAGGUGUAAAACUUGCUUUCGUUACAAUAAUAAAACUGAACUGUGUA